AUGGAUAGCGAAGAUGAACGCGACUGGGAGGAACUGAAGCGACUUGGUGGCGUCGCUCACUGCUCGAGGAAAUACCACGAAGCAGCUGAGUAUUACCGUCAGAGUAUUGAGAUCAGAACGGACAAGGCCAAGCUCCACGCGAAUCGAGCGGCGUCUCUGAUGAUGCUGAUGCAGAUCACAGAAGCUCAGCAGGAAUGUCGCCGUUCGAUUGAAGUGGACGCAACCUACGCACGCGCGUAUCUUCGCUUAGGUCGAAUCCAAGUGCUGCUGGGCGAUACUGGCCAUGCGCAAGCGAAUCUGGAUACUGCGAGGCAGUUGAUGGAAGGACGUGGAGGUGAAAUUCGAGCAGGAGACCAGGCAGACCACGCGUCGCUCACCAAGAUGGAAGACACCAUCAAGAAGUUGACGGUGCUACAAGGCGAGAUCAAGUGGUACGUUGACGCUGGCGACUAUAAACAGGCUCUCGUACACACCGACAGCGCUCUGGCUCUCGCUCCAAGCAGCAGAAAGCUACAGGUUCAAAAAGGCCAAAUUCUACUUGGUCAAAGAGAAUUCGAUCAACUCGUCGAGUUUUGUGACUCAAUUAUUGAAAAACAGCAAAGAAGUCAGCGAAAGAUGCCUAGUCCUGCGAGUGGAGAUGGCAUGAACGUCAAGACGCUGAGACGCCAAACGGUGGAGAAGAUUACAGUGGUGGGCAUUGAUCUGGGAUUACUGUGGGCCACAUCGCUGCAUUACCAGAACAAAGUGGACGAUGCCGUGCGGAUACUUAACGCUCUGGAAGUGGUGGCACCUUGCAGCUCGCACGUGAUUCAGCUGAAAAGACAGUGGCAAGACAUGAAGCAACUUAAACACAACGGCAACGAACGAUUCAAGCGAGGAGAGUACCAAGAAGCCGUGCGGUUCUACUCAGAGGCGGUGCUGAUCGACCCACAGCAUCAAGAGUUCUGUGCGGUUAUCUAUUGCAAUCGUGCAGCAGCUCAGAUGGGGCUGGCACGCUAUCACACGGCGAUUCUGGACUGUAAUGAGGCGUUGCAACGCAAGUCAACGUAUCCUCGUGCGCUGCUACGUCGAGCUCGCUGUCAUGUGGCGUUGGAAAUGUUCCACGAAGCGGUCAAGGACUUUGAUCGCUAUUUACGGGAACAACCGCGUGACGUGUCCGUAGACGGCACUGCCGACGUGCGUCGGGAGCGUAACGAAGCGAAAGCAGCGAUCGCGAAAGCGCGGGAACAAGCGAGACAGCGAGAGGCGACCAAGAAGCGUGCGGAGCGAGAACAACGUCAGAGACGUCAACGCCGCUGGGAGGAGCCGUCGUGGAAUGAUAGCACCUUCAACGAGAACUUCCGGCGGAAUACUGGUAGUAAUGGCUACGGAGGACACCAAUCGUCUGGUGCUGGUAGUCGAGCUUCGUUCAUGGCGCCGAAGACUCAACGGCGAACGCAUUACGAUGUUCUUGGGAUUGAGAAGGCAGCAACGACAGACCAGAUCAAGAAGGCGUAUCGUAAGCUGGCACUUGUGUAUCAUCCAGACAAAGCCAAGACGUCGACUCACGCGGACUUGUUCAAGGAGAUGACAGCCGCGUACAAUGUGCUUUCCGACGAAAGUGCUCGCUCCAAAUACGAUCGAGAGCUGAUCUACAAUCGAUUUGGCAACUUUUACGAGAAUUGA